AUGGGGACGACUGUGACCAACAUAACCGAGUCCAAGUCCCCUAAGCAAUCACCCCCAACACGGCAAGGUUCCGUCGCCAGUGCCAAGAUCGACUCCAUUACCAAGUCGGACAUUGCGUCUAAUGCUCCGGCGACCAAGCCGCUUGCACCGCCGCCUCGACCAGGACAAUCCCAACAAGGAACAAAUACCCCCGAAUACUUCGCGCCUCAGGUUACCGGAGGCUCCCUCAGCCUGGAGCCCAAUCCGUUUGAACAGUCGUUUGGGGGAGGUGGCCCAGAAACGCCUGGAGGAACCAAACUGCCCAGCGUCGCUGCAUUGACGUCUCCGUCUUCUCUGCUGCCCGGUAGCAACGCGACUCCCUUCAACUGGGGUGGAGGUUCUUUGCGGACCGGUCCGCUCAGCCCAGCAAUGCUCUCAGGCCCUACCGACUACUUCGGCGACACGCAUCACCUCCGUGGCGGCUUCCCCACGCCAAACGAGUCCUCCCUGCGCACCGGACUGACACCGGGCGGGAGCGGGUCCAUGUUCCCGGCUCCAAGUCCCAACUCCGCCCUUUUCGCCCAGCUUGCCAGCGGCGGCGCCACUCCCAGCACCAUCGACUUUCAUCGAACUGCCCUGAGCGCUGCCGCAAAGCGUGAACAGGUCAACGGCCUGUCCCGAGCCCAACCAUCGGCACCACAGCCCCAGCCCGUCACAUCGCAACCCCAAGACAUGACCUCUGUCCCUGUCAUUCCCAAAGUCGAAGCCAAACCCGCAUCCGGUCCGUUCGACCCCCACGAUAACGACGCCGCCAACGGCCUUUAUAUGCUUGCUCAGGGGAGGAACGGAACUCAACCCACACCUCAGUUCACCGUGACAUCGGCACCUACCGCGCACGCCCACCCAGCCCCAGUAAUCCCACCAACUAUGAACACGUCGCCCCCUAUGGCCUCUAUCAAAGUCGAUCCGCGACGAGGCGUCAGUGAGAUGAGCAACGGGUCGGACGAAAGCGACCAGAAGCCCCAAACACGAGCCAAGGGCAAGAAAGCUUCCACAGCCACCAACGGCAGGAGGAAAGCCGACGAGGCGCCUGCCAGGGCGCCACCUGCAAAGAAGGCCAAGGCGAACAGUGGUGCAGCAAGCAGCAACGGUGACGAGGAUGAACAUUCUGACGACGACAUGGGUGGGUUUGAUGACGCUGGAAAUGGAAAGUCUAAGAUGACAGACGAGGAGAAGCGCAAGAAUUUCUUGGAGCGCAACCGUGUUGCCGCUCUCAAAUGUCGCCAGAGAAAGAAGCAAUGGCUUGCAAACUUGCAGACCAAGGUUGAGAUGUUUAGCAGUGAGAAUGACGCCUUGACUCAACAGAUUACUCAGCUGCGUGAGGAAGUUGUCAACCUGAAGACUCUUCUGCUUGCUCACAAAGACUGCCCCGUUACUCAGCAGCAAGGCCUUCAUGGAGCUUUCAUGUCACAGGUCGUUGAGCCUUUCAACCCUCAGAUGAACCCUUAUGGCAUGGCAGCCCCGAUGCCUGGCCAGCAAGUCAUGGCUGGCCAAGGUAUUCAGCGGCGUUUUUCUUAG